GCCGCCCCCUUUGUGUUUGUGCCGUGACAUCAUGGCAGGGUCAUCUGCUCAGAGUAGCACAGCGGAGCGCAUCGGAUACAUAAACAGAAUCGAGAGCUUCAGCGCUUGUCACCGUCUUCACAGCAUUCACCUGAGUGAUGAGGAGAAUAAAGAAGUGUACGGAAAGUGCAACAAUCCCAACGGUCACGGACACAACUACAAAGUGGAGAUUGAUGCUAAAACUGGUAUGGUCAUGAAUCUGACUGACUUGAAGAAAUGUAUCGAGGAAGUAAUCAUGAUUCCACUGGACCAUAAAAACCUGGAUAAGGAUGUUCCAUAUUUUACUACUGUUGUCAGCACAACAGAAAACGUGGCUGUUUACAUCUGGGACAACAUGGUGAAGGUUCUCCCGCCCGGCCUGCUCCAUGAGAUCAAGAUUCAUGAGACCGACAAGAACGUGGUUGUGUAUCGAGGAGAGUAGUGAAGCAGUGUUUGGUUUAGUAGCCCUAAAGUGCCAUUCCUUUCUACUUAUUUUAGGCUAAUUGUUUACAGACUGACUUCACUCUGGUCACACGUAGUUUGAAAGUCUUUUAGACGUUGUUCCUUUUGCACAGCAAAGAUUUCAUAGAUACUGCCAUGUAUAUUCUUGUAAACAGAAUCCUAUUUAUGAUCUCAUCAUUUUGAGGAAAAUUUGCCGCAAAGGAGAAAACAGAAGCCUGAAAAAUGUGGUUAGAAAAUAAACUGUAAAACAUAUUGUAAACUGAAUUCAAUUAAAUAAAAAUUGGUUCUCACUGGUGGUUUUUGGGCCUCGUUAGACAUGGUUUACACAAGAGGAGGUCUGACCUCCCUCCAGAGGACGGAGAAAUUUAAU